CUCCUAUAAAGCCCUGCAAACGUCCCGCCACUUGGGUCUUUUUUGGUUCAGCUGGUUGAUUUUGGGCUGUAUAAGAAGAAUGCACUGGGACAAAACGCUGCCACCAGCUCUGGGCAGGUCCAGACCGUACCAAGGCGUUCGGGUCCGAGAUCCGGUCAAGGAGCUGCUGAGGAGGAAGAGAAGUCUGGAGCUUCAGAGCAGCAAGACGACCCCCCACACAGCGGAUUUGGUCGCCCAGAACAGUCAUCCAUCAUUCCAGCCAGGCGUCUUCGGCGCAGACGUCCCCGGCGCCUCUCUGCCGGAGCAGGCGGCCUCGCCAGCCGACGGAGUGCUGCAGUGCUCGGGGUGGAAGUUUGCUCCGGCCGGCGGGGCGCCACAGCCGGCGCCGGGGCCCUGGUCGGUGCCGGACUUCAGCCAGCCUGACUCGGCCCAGACCCUGGCCUACCCCGCCGGCCCCGCCCUCACUGCGGACGUGUACAUGCAGACCUUGUGCCCCAGCUACACCAUGCUGACCUACACACACACUCCUCUGCUCACCAACCUCGGGACCAUACCAGUGGCUCCAGCCCAAACUGGCGUCCCUCAGAUGGAACUCCCGGACUCGGGGCUGACCUAUCUACCAUGGGCUCAGCCCCUCACCACCAUAUCCACCAUGCCCACUCCAGGGGUCCCAUUUGGCCCGGGUUCUGCUGCUCUGCCCGGUUCUCCUCUGGUCCGCAUGCCACUGUCCAUGUCUCUGACCACCAUGAUCCCUGGAUCCCAGCUGGAGGCCCAGGGACUGGACGCUCACUCCCACAUCCUGGAACUCCCACAGCAUCCCAACCAGCAGCUGGACCCGGAAACACAGGGUCCGGAUCUGGACGACGAUCCGGAGGUGGAAUCUGAAUCCCCGAGCCUGCUGGACAAACUUCUGGAAGAUCACAAGGGGCACGGUGCCGAGGAGGACAAAGACUCAUUCAGCAACUCCCUCUUCAUACCUGACGUCUGAAAUCCUUGAAUGCAUUUUUUUUCUCUCACAGGGACCAUGCUUGCUUUGUGGCAUAGAUUUUGACAUGAUAAACAUGAUAAACUCAGGUCUUUCUUUAAAGUGUAAGUGAUGAUCUCUUGCUUAUAUUGAUAAGUGUUUUAAUGUUUGUUGCUGUAGCAAAAGGAACUUUGUAGAAUCAUAGUUUUUACACUGAUGAACCUUGUCUGAUAUUGUUUCACAAUUCGUUUAGUUACUCUGCCUCUCUGAUCUUUUAACAUCCAAUUAUGUCACUUAUAUGUUGACCACGACCACUCAAUGAGUCCCGCCCCUCGUAGUUAGGGGGGUGGGUCUUAGGCCUUAUUUACAGGUUUACAGUGGCUGUCUGUGUGAGAACUUUGUCCUAAGAUGUUUUAGACGAAUCUUGGACAUAAAAAAACAUCUUUCAUUGAGGAAUGUUCUAAUGGGAUUUAAAAAUGUCGUGGAGGGAUAUGUUGACAGUCUUAAAGUAGAUAAAGAUGAGCACUAACUGAUCACAGCAAAGCAGCUUCAUGAUGUCUACACUUGUGUUGUGCCAUUUUGUUAGAUUCUGAGCACUAUUUCCUGCCGUUCUGAUCCAUGUUGAGGAAGUUGAAUAAAGUCAGUGA